CAGAAGCAAGGUUAUCAAAUGUUGGCGCAUAAAUGGAAUGCCCGAAUAAGCUUACGCGCUCUGGGGAGGAAUUGGAGGAGUUAAGUAACCUCAUCAAGAGGAAUAAAUCGGACGAUGUAAACUCGCUGGUAUUUUACAAUCAGGAUGGACGUCCUAAUUCUAUGUUAACAGUUGAGCCUCUAGAACCUGAAAAAAGCAGUUAUUACGUUUUUCUCAAAUACCACACUUGCUAUGAUCUACUCCCCGAAAGCGCCAAGCUUGUUGUUCUAGAUACAAAACUGAGCAUCAAAAAAGCGUUUUAUGCACUCAUAUAUAACAAUGUUCGAGCUGCUAUACUAUGGGAUUCAUCCAAACAGAGUUAUUCAGGAAUUCUAACGAUAACUGACUUUAUCAAGGUUUUAGUCACUUUAUAUCCUCCUGAUAGUGGGAAAAUGGAUGAAUUUGAAGAAAGUUCCAUUUCCAGUUGGAGAGAAAUCAAUACAAAUUUCACUACAAUCCCAUUAGUUCAUGUUACACCUGAAUGUUCAUUAUUGGAUGCAUCAAAAAUGUUAUUACAAUAUCGUUUUCAUCGUUUACCUAUUAUUGAUACAUUACAUGGCAAUGCAUUACAUAUUUUAACCCAUAAACGAAUAUUAAAGUAUUUGCAUUUAAAUAGGCAUAAUUUACCUCCAGCCAAAUUUAUAUCUAAAAGUUUACAUGAACUUAAACUAGGCACUUAUAUACCAAAUGUUCAAACAAUUACAAAUAAUACAACAAUUAUAGAAGCUUUAAAACUAUUUCUGAAAAAUCAAGUAUCAUGUCUACCAGUUGUCAAUGAUGAAGAUGGUCAACUUAUUGAAAUUUAUGCAAAAUUUGAUGUGAUUAAUUUGGCCAUUACACGAUCAUAUAACAAUUUGAAUGUUUGUGUAUAUGAUGCACUUGAAUUUCGUAGAUUAAAUCGAGAUCGUUAUCCAACUCCGUUGACAUGUUUAAAAACGGAUAGUUUACAAGAUGUUAUGGUGAAAAUUGUUGAAUCCGAUGUACAUCGUUUAAUUAUUGUUGAUGAGAAUAACAAAGUUGAAGGAAUUAUCUCAUUGUCAGAUAUAUUGAAAUUUCUUACAAAUUGGUCAACUGAUGAUAAUCAUCAUCAUCCAAAUCACCAUAAUACAUCAAAACGAAGAACUGAUCUUGUUCGAAUUAAGAAAUUCAUUACAAAUCCAUUGCGUAAUUCAUAUCAUCAAUAAAUAAAACUAGUUUCUAUGCAUCAUUCUUUCUCUUCCUCUCUCUCUCUCUCGCUCUUUCUCCGUAUUCCCCUUUUUUUUCUUCAUGAAAUGUUAUCAGAUUGAUCAAUCAAUUUAACAAUGAAUGAUUAGAAUGAACAUACCGAUAACAAUCACUUGGAACUAAUUGACAGUUUUAUAGGUUAAUAAUUAAAAUAAUCAACUCAUUGUCUUGUUGUUUUGUUACAUUACUGUUAUUGCUGCCACUAAUAAUAACAUCGUUUUCAUUAUUAUUAUUAUUACUAUUCGACUUAUUGUACUACUAAUCAUUUCUCUCAUUUGCCUACAAACAUAAUCACCUAUUCUUUAAAGAUCCCUAUUCUUUAAUUUAAAAUUUGCCAUUAGUUUUCUACUAUUCAAUUAUUAUUUUUUCAUUAUACAAUUAAUGAUGAAAACAAUCUUAUCAAUAGAGAUCAUUAUUUUUUUUCAACUCCACUAAUCACUAUGUUCUCCUCUUCCUCCUACCUCCUACUACUCCACUUCCUCCUACCUCCUCCUACUACUAAUCCACUCCUCCUCCUCAAUCCCAUAGAUACCAUUCAAUUUGCAUAAAUUACAAUUUUAUUCCUUAUCUCUUUAGUUGUGUACAUAAAUAAUUACUUUAUAUUAUGUUUUUUAUUAUGUAUGUGAAUAUAGUUUCAUUUAGAUAUUUAUUAAAUGAUAAUUAUUUUAUAUUUCUCUCUAUAGAUCUUAUUCUAUUCUUUGAUUAGAAACAGAAACAAGAACUUAUUUGUGUGUGUGUGUGUGCCUGUGUCUGUAUCUGUGCCUAAUUUUCCGUACACAUUGUUUGUGAUAUAACAGAAUCUGUGUGUGUAUCUAUGCCCCCUUUUUUAAAAAAUUAAUUUUAUUGAUACAUUAAAUAAGAACUUUUGUCUAAAUUUGAUUGAAUAGUUUCACAAUAUUUAAGCGCCGAAUUAAUGUGAAACAUUAAAG